UUCUUCUUUUCUCUCAUUACUCUGUUUUCUAGAAAUGGCAGCUUUUACAUUUCAACCACAUUUUCAUCUUGACUCACUUUUCAUGUCAAACAACAACAAUUAUAUCAUCAAUCCAAUCUACUUUCCAUCAAUGCAAGAUUCUUCUCUUCAGAUUUUUGAUAACAAUGUUCAACAAAAGAUUGAACCUAGUAUGAGUGACAAAACUACCACAGAUAAUACUCCUACUUCAUCCAUUGUUGUUGAUUUAGAAGGUGGUGGUGAUGAUCAAGUGAUUAACAGUCAAGAGAAAACCAACCCAUCAAUGGAGAAGAAGAAGAGGAAGAAUGGGUCUUGUCUGGAUUCUGAUAUUAAUCAAUCCAAGGAUAGGAAGCAGAGAAGUAAACCAAAGAGACAGAAGAAAUGUGAGUUAGAAGUGAAAGAAGAAAAGAAAAUCAAAGAAGAUAAGAACAAAAAGAAAAGGGAUGAAGCGAAAGCAGCAAUAAAAGAUGGUGCUGAUUAUGUUCAUGUAAGAGCACGGAGAGGUCAAGCAAGUGACAGUCACAGCCUUGCUGAAAGGGUAAGAAGAGAGAAAAUCAGUGAGAGGUUAAAGAUGCUGCAAAGCCUUGUCCCUGGAUGUGACAAGGUGAACAGUAAGGCACAUAUGUUGGACGAAAUAAUCAAUUAUGUUCAGUCCUUGCAAGUUCAAGUUGAGAUGUUAUCUAUGAAGCUUGCGUAUAUGAAUCCAAUCUUGUAUGAUUUUGGAAUGGACCUAGCAGAUGGCUUCUUCUGUCAUGAAUUGCAGAAACCAAUUACUAGUACCUUGGCAGCAGCAACAUCAUCACCAUUGCCAUUAACUACUGCUCCUGCACCAACUACUACUAAUAGUACCACAGCACCAACAGAAAUUGCUAAUGUUGUCACACCCACUUUCUCAUCCACAUCAAAUGACACCACUCUUCAUGAGAAUUCAGUUUUAUUUUCAACUAUUCAACAGCAGGAAGUACAGCAGCAACAGAAACUCAAUGACUUCUCACAAGUACUACUGCAACAACAACAGCAGCAAGAACUCCCCAACAAUGAAGAUCUAUUAUGCUAUAUGGAUUAUUACCACCAGCACCACCACAGACAAGAAGGGGCCACCAACUUGUUUUUUUAUGAGUAAAUGUAUGUAUCAAUCAAAGUCCAGAGUCCAAACUAUACUUACUUAUUAAUGGAGUAUGGUCUCAUAAUUAAUGAGAGUAAAAAUAGAAAUGUAGCUUCGAAAGAAGACAUUCACUGUUUUCUUUGUUGUUGUCUAAUGCAUUCAAGUACUAUUAGUGAUUGGUCAUUAUGAAUGUAAAUUAAGCUUGAUUAGAAAUAUUAGGCAAUAUUUAGUGCACUGUUUUGAUAUUGUAAAAUAUGUUCUAUUUCUAGAGUAGUUAGAAAUAGAAGUUGUUAUUG